UUGUGGCCGCGCAGAGCGUUGGAUUGUGGGUAUCUUAAGUUUCCUCAUAGAUUCUGACAGUCAGCUGUUGAGGGAAAGUGUUUUGGCCGAAUCUCGUAUUACUUUUCCAACUUUUAUGAGUUGCAUUAGACUGGAACGGAACGCGCCUGCGUGACUACUGUACCUGCUGCCUUGUGCGUUUUUCUGACUUUUUGGACCCGCUCUCGGAAUGAGUUUGAACGAGCACUCCAUGCAGGCGUUGUCGUGGAGAAAGUUGUACUUGAGUCGAGCUAAACUGAAAGCCACCAGCCGAACUUCGGCUCUGCUGUCGGGUUUCGCAAUGGUGGCCAUGGUGGAGGUCCAGUUGGAGCGGGAUCACAAGUAUCCUCCUGGACUGCUGAUAGCCUUCAGCGCCUGUACCACGAUCCUAGUUGCAGUGCAUCUUUUUGCCCUGAUGAUCAGCACCUGCAUUCUCCCUAAUCUGGAGGCCGUCAGCAAUGUUCAUAACCUCAACUCUGUGAAUGAGUCCCCCCACGAGCGCAUGCACCGCCACAUAGAACUGGCCUGGGCGUUCUCCACGGUUAUCGGCACCCUCCUCUUCCUGACUGAGGUUGUGCUUCUGUGCUGGGUGAAAUUCCUACCGCUCGAAAGCAACACCGAGGAAAACAACGGCACCAUAAGCUCUGGCGAGGCGGCAGCCAUCGCGUCCACCUGCAUCAUGGUGCCGUUUGCUCUUGUUUUUAUUGUCUUUGCCGUUCACUUUUACCGCACACUGGUCAGCCAUAAAACGGACCGCCAGAUCAGAGAGCUUGACCAGGUGAUCCGGCUUCAGGAGCAGCUGGAUAACAGGUCUGAGAAUGAUGGCCUCAAGGCGGAUGUCCAUUUCCUUUGAGUGUAACAAAAUGAACAUUAAGCUCCAAUAUUCAUUGGAAGUAACUUUAAAAAGCUUUCAUUUUUACUUUUUAUUGAUUGUGUCACCUGCUGAGCAUUGCAUGUUUUGGCUAAGUCAUUGUUGCAUGUUUACUGCACUUUUUUGGACCUUUUUAGUUUUUGGUAAAUCGUUUGCUCCUGGCUAGUAACAACAUACCAAAUUACAUCAUUUGGGGUGAAAAUUUUAAGGAUAUUAAUUAAAAGAUGUACCAAAGGUACUAAAUAUAACCUGCUAACGUAUAGACUAAUGAGUGGUGUAUUUUAAUUUGAGAGCUGAAAAAGUAUAAAAAUGGAGUUAUCUGUUUUGUCAAAUGCACUCUUCAUUUGUUCAGAAUCUAUCGCUAUAGCAGACAAAGUCAGUCAAGAGUGUAAAGGAGUCAUUUAAACCUGCAUGUUCUUGUUUUAUUAUAAACAGCAGUGGCAGAAAUGAUGAGAAGGAUUGUGGGAAGACUUGUCUUUUUUUCACUAAGACAAAUGAAUUUUGUCCUUGCUGCAUGCUGUUCUUAGAUCACUUCCAGCUCUGUGGAAACACGGAUAGUUUCUCAGUUUUAUAAGUAUACCACAUGUAUUGUAUGUAUGCAGAUACUGUACUGCUUUUCUAUGGUUUGGUGUUAUUGGUAGAGUUCUUAUGUUUUGGCUGAAUUUAUUUUCUAAAGAAUCUAUUUAAUUACUUAUUUUCAAACACAAGAAAACCAGAUGUGUGAAACAAAUGUGUUGUUUUUGCUGGUUUCUUUCAUUUGAAUUAUUUCUAUGUGGAUUAUGACAGCUGUUGUCAGAAGUUUACAUUUUACCAUUGCCGUGGUUGACUAUCCUAAAACCAAAGAACCGGGUGUUGAAACAAAUAGUUUUUGAAACAAAAACAUUCAAAGUCUAAAUGAUGUUAGGGUUCAACAGUGUUGACGUGCUUUCUUUUGGCAGGAGAACAUCUAUAAAAUUAUCGGUGCUGCAAAUGCUAAAAAUCCCAAAAAGAUUUUUAUAGAACAGCCUUUAAGGAGAUCCAAGUUAUUCAAGAUCAUAAAUGUUUUUUGGUUUUGUUUUUCAUUGAAAAAGUCAUCAGUUCUCUUGGUUCCACGUGGUCCUUAAAAUUCAGAUAUACAUCCAAAAAAAGAUGAUUAGAAGAUCCUGAGCCUUGUUA